AAGUCCGUAGGAGUUAUCCUUGAUGUACAUUUUGGGAAAUCUCUCUUGAAUUGUUUUAUUUUAGUUUUGUAUCUCGCUGUGCACCUGUUAUUAUUUUCAAAGUAUAGUAAAAAAUUUGUGUUUUUGUAUUGUGUAUGUGAGUGCAGUGAUGUUAUUUGUUUUUAAAUUUGGCGAAGUGGAGUGGAAGAAAAUCCGCAUUGAACUAUUUUUAGUCGGUGUCAGUAUCUGUCUUGCCAAAAACUAGAACAUAGGUUAGUCAUAACCGGGAUCUUCCAUCAGUUCCAUUUAAUUAGUUUGCAUUAAUACAAAAAAUUCUGAUUUUCGUGUUAUUUUUGGUGUUUUGCAAGAGAAUAAAAACAACGAGAUACCGUCCGGAAUUGAAAGUGUGAAGUGAGUACAUUUGACCAGUGAAAGAAGCGUUAACAUGAGUACAAAAUUGCGCGUGCGUACUCCGUCGCCCAAAACUGUCACUUUCGAUCCUUCGCCUCCUACGACUUUGGAGAGGAAACCGAGAAAAUUAAUAUUCAAAAAUCAUGCUGAAUGGGAACAGUAUCUUUAUGCCCUACUUGCCGAUCUUCAGAAUACAGUUUCUGGUUCGGGUGUAACUAAUUAUUCUGGGUACUCACAAAGAAAUAUACGUAAUUCUCCAGAUAGAGAUGAUCAUACAACGAAAACAGAAACAUAUUCAUUAAAAUCAGCAGGAACUUACGGUAAAGUUCCACCGAAUUCCGGCAAUAGAAGUCCAAGUUACGGCUUAACCGGGAGCGGUGCUCACAGUUCAGGUUCGUCAACAAUGGAAAAAAGACCAUUCAAUAACAACUUAGAUGAAUUAGAUUCUUUGCUACAGGAUUUAAGUAAUAGCCGACAUAAUGGGACGGAAAAUAUGAAUGGCAGCCAUUACAAUGGGUCUAUGCGUGAUUCUGGAGCUCGCAGUCCUUCAAAUUAUUCUAGACCAUCCAGUGCCCAAAGUACUUUGAACAGACCAUCUGUUGAUAGUUUAUUGGAAGAAUUAAAUUCUGGAGACGUUAUUUACGCUGGUCCUAAGAAAGUUGUUAUAACAGUGAAAGAAACCAAAACUGAAACGGGUUACCCUGGUGAAACUGAAUUACUUUCUUCUCAUGUAACUCAUACUGCAGCAUCUACAGCAACUAGGGAACUUGAUGAUUUAAUGGCUAGUUUGUCAAAUAUUAAGGUGAACCAGGGACCUCAGCAUUCUACGGUUUCCGAAUCGCAGUACGCUCGUCCUAUUAAGGCUACUCAAACCCAGAGUGCCCCUCCACCACCAAGGGAGAAUUUGGAUUCUAUGCUAGGAAAUCUCCAAGCAGACAUGAGUCGUCAAGGAGUCAACACUAGCCAAAAGGGAUGCUGCAACGCCUGCGAUAAACCCAUCGUUGGACAAGUCAUCACCGCAUUGGGUAAAACAUGGCAUCCAGAGCAUUUCACUUGUGCUCAUUGUAAUCAAGAACUAGGUACUAGAAACUUCUUCGAAAGAGAAGCAAAACCCUAUUGCGAACCCGACUAUCACAAUUUAUUCAGCCCCAGAUGUGCCUACUGUAACGGACCUAUCUUAGAUAAAUGCGUUACAGCUCUGGAAAAAACUUGGCAUAUGGAUCACUUCUUUUGUGCUCAAUGUGGCAAACAAUUCGGAGAAGAAGGCUUCCACGAACGUGAGGGGAAACCCUAUUGUCGUGAUGACUAUUUCGAUAUGUUUGCUCCGAAAUGUGGAGCUUGCAAUCGCGCUAUUAUGGAAAAUUAUAUCUCAGCUCUAAACGCCCAAUGGCAUCCUGAUUGUUUCGUAUGUAGAGACUGCAGACAACCUUUCAUUGGGGGCUCUUUCUUCGAUCACGAGGGUCAGCCGUAUUGUGAGACGCACUACCAUCUUAAAAGAGGUUCGCUGUGUGCUGGAUGCCACAAACCUAUUUCAGGUCGAUGUGUAACAGCCAUGUUUAAAAAAUUCCAUCCGGAACAUUUUGUAUGCGCUUUUUGUCUCAAACAAUUGAAUAAGGGUACAUUUAAAGAACAAAAUGAUAAACCAUAUUGCCAUACAUGUUUUGAAAAAUUGUUUGGUUAGAAAGUCUAUUUUUGUAUAUUUGUAAAGGAAGUUAUUCCAAUAUAUUUUCAAUAUUUUUAUAACAACAUCAUAUAAUUGAUAAGUGAAUUGUAAUAUGUGGUAACUUUAGCAAAUCACAAAUUAGCUUAGAUCGGUCUUUUCUGUAGCAAUAUUUUUGUUAUCCAAUAUUUCUGUAGUCUCUCAACAUGUACUAGCUAUCUAAUUGUGUAUCCCAUAAUAAACAUACCCAUUCCAGGCUCCUUCAAAUCUUUAUCAGUUCUUCUCCAUCCAUUCCUUCUUCCCCUAUCUGUCUACCAACUCUCUUGUUCUUCUGCAUAUUUUGGCUUUCAGCUCUAACUCUUCUACUUUUGUUUUUUAUAUUAAUAUCCAAAUAUUCAUAGAUAUAUAAAAUUGCAAACCCACUUGAACUUAUAUUAUUUGUCUCUGUUUUUUUAUAAAGGAUAAUGAUCCUGUAUUUUCUUCAUUUCAAAACCUCUUGUCUCAUUUUUUUAAGUAUACAUUCAACCUGUUAUAAAAUAUAAUACAUUAUAGUUUUAGUAUAUUUUAAAUGUGAAUAUAUUGGGGUAAUUUUUUUAUUAUAUUGACGGUUUCAUUGGUUUAAAUACAUGCUAAUCAAUUAAUAGGGGUCUAAAGUAAAUUUUUUAAAAUAAUUGCUGAACAAAUUCAAAUAAUCUUCAAUAUUCUUGUUUUUAAUGUAGAUUUUAAUUCUAUCAUUUUUUUCGUUGAAAGAAGAGUAAUAUCAAGAAAAGAAAUUAUCAGCAUAUUAUUAAAAUAUAAAUAUUACUCUCAGUAAUACAACAUAAAGGAAUAAUUAUUAUUUUUUCUGCUUUUUUGAUAUUUGUAUGUCUUUAAUUAUGAUAUUAAACUAUUUGUUGAAA